AUGAAGGGCUUGCGCGUAGCCCUCGCGGUCGCUCUACCCUGCGUUGAUGCGCUUGCGCCACGGACCAAGAUUGCAGAUUCAUACGACUUUGUAAUCGUCGGUGGUGGUCAAGCUGGUCUCGUUCUCGGUGCUCGUCUUUCGGAGGAUACGAACAACACCGUUCUGGUUCUGGAAGCAGGUGACAAUGGCGAUGCUUAUCGUGAGCGAAUAGACACUCCUGCAGACUCUUACUUCGACUCGCUGUGGACAACGCCAUUAAACUGGGAUUUCUACACGGUUCCGCAGGCAAAUGCGGCUAACCGUGAGAUCAGAUGGCCUCGUGGAAAGACGCUGGGAGGGAGUUCUGCUAUCAACGGACUCUAUCUGACACGUCCGGGUCAGAUCGAGAUUGACGCUUGGCAAAGCUUGCUUGGAGACAUGGAUGGUGCGGACAACUGGAGCUGGGAUUCGCUCUAUGCCGCGAUGAAGAAGAGCGAAACAUUUUCGGCUCCAAGUGACAAGAUCGCCCAGGAGGCCCAGGUCACCUACAAUUUGUCAAAUCUCGGCACCGAUGGCCCAAUCUACGUGUCUUAUCCUGGAUACACCUUCCCCCAGGUCGGAGAUUGGUCUAUUUCCUUGGAGAACAUUGGCAUUCCUAUUUCGGCGAACAUGUACGAUGGAGAGCCUUGGGGUGCGGAGGUCUCCAUGUCGACUAUCAAUCCCACCAAUUGGACCCGUUCAUAUAGCAAAACAGGCUAUCUUGAUCCUCUUCCCGACAAUGGCAACUAUGAUGUCCUGGCAGAUGCCAUGGUCAUGCGUCUGAUCUUCGACAGCUCUUCGCCUUCCGACAACCUUACUGCAGAGUCCGUUGAAUAUACAACCGACAACGGGACUACUACCCUGAGGGUCAAGGUCAACAAAGAAGUUAUCCUGGCGGCCGGUACAAUUGGCAGUCCCGCCGUUCUGAUGCACAGUGGCGUUGGGCCAAAAGAUGUCUUGUCGGACGCUGGUGUAGAUCUUGUGUCUGAACUACCGGGUGUUGGCCAACAUCUGCAGGACCAUUACAGCGCCACCGUGAUGUGGGCUACGGAUGUCGAUACCGCUGGUUCUAUCUGGUACCGAAAUGGUAGCGACAAGGGCCAGGACAACAAACUAUAUCUGUCAUACAUCGAUUCGGCAAUCGCUUAUGUGAAUGCUACUACUUUCUACGGGUCGAAUAUUACCGGCAUGACAGAUUCCAUCCUUAGUAGUAUCGAUAAGUAUGCACCAAACACGACGUACGAUGACGGUGUCAUUGCUGGUUACAAAGCAAUCUGCAACCUGACUGCCUCAACGAUUUUCAACAGCCCUACUGGUCAAGUUGAGCUUCUGUUCAUGAACAGUGAUGCUAGCGGUGAUAUCGGUAUCACUGCUGCUCUGCAGCACCCCUACAGUCACGGCCGAGUCUACAUCAACUCGUCGGACCCGAUGGACUAUCCCGUCAUUGACCCAAACUAUCUGGCCAAUCCAGCUGACUUUGAUAUUUUGCGAGAGGGUAUCAAGAUGGCUCGCCUCCUGGGUGGAACUGCUCCGCUCAGCAACAACUUGACGAAGGAAACGACCCCAGGCUCGGACACUCAGUCUGAUGAAGAUUGGAAUGAUUUCCUUAGCGGAUUCGGCGGUACGGAAUUCCAUCCGUCCUCGACCUGCGCAAUGUUGCCCCGCGAGCAGGGUGGCGUUGUUGAUGCAAAUCUGCGCGUGUACGGCCUGGCAAAUGUCCGCGUUGCAGACGCCAGUGUGCCUCCGAUAGCCUUGUCCACUCAUCUGAUGGCUUCUACCUACGGACUUGCAGAGCUUGCGAGCUCCAUUAUCCGGGACUUCUACACCGGUAUCACUAUGCCAGAGUCCUCAGCUACCUCGACUUCGUCUUCUGCAUGGGCGACCGGCACCAACAAGGGAAACUCGAAGGCUGCCCCUAGCAAUUCCGGCAGUACCUACAUGUCCUUGCAGCCUUCGCUUUGGGUUAUGGUCGCUUUGAAUCUGCUUGCUCUACUGCUCUUGUCUGUCUAG